UUUUGUGUAAUAUAAACUUUCGUUUUGCUCUGUUUUGCUUCGUUUGGUUCUUAAACGUUAAACGAUUUCCGUAAUGAAUACACAUCUCUUAUCUGGAGAACAGAAACGCGCAUUGCGCAGGCGUUGUACAGACGAAACAACGGAAGAAGUCACUUCAGCAUGAGUAGCUAGGUGGACUACCAACCAUCGUUUUGAUUUCUACAGAAUUAGGCUACCUCUAUUUUUAACUUCUUAUCUGAAUCGGCGGUACCCUUCUUUCUAUUUACACUUGGUUCCAACGUAGGUUACAGUAGGCUAAUUAUCGAGAGAAACAACAUUGUGGCUGACAAGGCGGGCGCCAUCAGUGUAGCAUUUCUCAAUAUGAAAUGAUAUAAUCGGCUGCCAAUGUAACAGAACAAUGCAACAUUUUUAAGCAAGAGUGACACUUUUGUUUCCUGUAAUUUAAAGCAAAGAUGACAGCUCGCAACAGUGUAACACAUGGAAUACCCAACACUAAGGUCAGGUACUCCAAAUUAGCCAGUGAUGAUGACGGCUACAUUGACCUGCAGUUCAAAAAGAGCCCACCCAAGGUCCCAUACAAAGCCAUUGCACUGGCCACUGGCCUCUUCUUGAUUGGCUCUCUGUUAAUCACCAUUGGAGCCCUCCUAUUGGCAGGAUACUUUGAAGUCACAGUGAGUAUGGCACAUGCUGACCGGACUGUGCCUGUUCUCAUCAUUGGAAUCCUGGUUUUCCUUCCUGGAUUCUAUCACCUGCGGAUAGCUUACUAUGCAUCAAAGGGCUACCGUGGUUACUCCUAUGAUGAUAUACCAGAUUUUGAUGACUGAGCAACUCCUAAUUGAGAGUCAUGUGUUGUUUUUACAUGUGUUGUUAAAUACAGUAAUCAGACAGGGAUCUAGUCCUAAAGCAGAUGUCCUUUGAUGUUUUUGUUAAUCAUAGAAUGUCUUAACUUGUUGUUCUUUGACUGAAUCACCACCAUAGUUCAUUAUGAUUGAUGACUAUAUUUAGUUUAGAUAUGUUUGUGUUAUUGUUUCUAACAAAGAACAUGUUUUUUUAGUUGACGGAUCAAUUAGGAAUGUGUUUCUUAGGAUGCUAUUUUUUUUUUCAAUGAAAGAGAAGGAUGUAAUUUCUAUGCUGAUAAAAUACUUAGCUGUGCUGUGAGGGAGGCAUGAGUUGAAUGUCUUGUCCAACUGUUAGUCCUAUACCUGAUCACUGUAACCAUAAACAGAACCAUGAGUUUGAGACAUUGUGGCUGAACUUGAAAGUUGACUGUUUUUCUGUUGAAAUGUCACUUGUGCGUUCCUGUAGGGUUUGCUGGUAGGAGUAUCUUAUGUGAUUAAUGCCAAUCCUUUGAUCUCCAUAUGGUGUGCUGCUAGGCCUGUGAGAGUCAAGAGGGAAAAGUAGUCACGCAACAAUACAGAGCUCAAAGUGUCUGGUAUAGAUAUCUACUGACUAAGUUUGAGAGGCAUUGCCACUGGCAAUGACAUCAGGAGUGUAUCCAUAUGUUGAAAAGAAAGGCAAUUGUGGUUGUGCACCAGCUCAAAUAAAGGCUAUUAUAAACAAC